CAUGACCCGUGUGCAUGCUUGCAGCCCUAGUGUCGUGCUGCUCUCAUCUCUCCUCAUUUGCUUUCUCGUACGCCAUACGCGAGCCUGACUCACCGCCGCAGCCUCUGACGCCAUCUCUUCCGUCAGCCCGACCCUGAGCACCCAUAAAUACUGUACGCGCCGUGACGCUUCUUCUCUCCACAUCAUCAUGGUCAAGCGCACAUUCAAGCUUUCGGACGGCAAGACGGUCCCCGCGAUCGCGUGGGGCAACGGCACGGGCGGGCUGCAGAAGAGCGGCAACCGCGCCGUGCUUGGCGGACAGGUUGCGCUCGAGGCCGGCAUCCGGCACCUCGAUACGGCGCAGUACUACGAGACGGAGGCGGAGACGACCGCGGCGAUUAAGGCUUCGGGGAUCCCGAGGGGCGAGGUGUUCAUUACGGAUAAAGUGUCGAGCAACACGAUCGCGGCCGAGGCGACGACGCGCGAGAAUGUGCGCCAGUCCGUACUCGAGUCACUCGAGAAGCUCGGGACCAAGCCCGACCUCUUCCUCAUCCACAACCCCUUCGUCCCGGAGGAGGGCAAGAUUGCCGAGUUCUGGACCUAUCUCGAGGAGCUGGUCGAGGACGGCACGCUUGGCGGCGUGUCGCUCGGCUUCUCCAACUUCCGCCCGCAGGACAUUGACGCCGUGCUGAGCGUUGCGCGCAUCAAGCCGGUCGUGAAUCAGAUCGAGUUCCACCCGUACGUCUACGCGCAGGUCGAGUCCCUUCUCGAGCUGCAGUCGAAGCACGGCAUCGUCACCGCGGCGUACGGCCCACUCACCCCGAUUCUGCGGCAUCCGAGCGGCGGGCCGCUCAAGCCUGUACUGGAGCGCAUCGGCGCCGCGCACGGCCUCGACGCCGCCUCCGUCCUCCUCCUCUGGACGAUCCAGAAGGGCGUGAUUGCCGUCACGUCGUCGAAGAACGAAGACAACAUCCGCAAGAUCGCGGCGCUCGACGCGGCGCCCGACCUCUCGGCCGACGAGAUCGCGCAAAUCGACGCGGCGGGCAAAAAGGUCCAUUUCCGCCACUACGAGGAGCACAUGACGCAGGACUACCCCGCGCCCGACCUGCCGCGCGAGUGAUGCACAUCUGCUACUUGA